AUGGGUUUUAUAGCCACUGACAUUGUUGAUCGAAUUCCAAAGGACUUGAAGAGUCUCGAAAUACAAGUCAUACUGAUGAAAAAUGGUUUCAAAAGUGAAAAGAAAGAAAUAGACAUAACACCACAAGCACCAAGAACUAGUGAUGCUGUUGAGGAAGCAGCGAAGCCUCGUCUGAAGAAGUGUUGGAGAUAUAUAGUGAAGCGAAUGGGAAAAUGGUUCAAGCAUAAUGGAGAAUGGUUAGAAGAGAUGAGAGGGAAUCUGAGUCUGGCGGCAACAGUCAUCUCAACGAUAACCUUUCAAUCUGUGAUCAACCCUCCAGGCAGCUUCAUCCAACAAGGCAUAUCUAUCUCGAACAACACUUCACCCUUAGAUUGCUUGGAGAUGGAGGGUGGUCGUGCAUGUCCUGGCCAAGCCAUGCUUGCUUCUACGCUCCCAGAUGAGUUUCGCUACUUCAUAAUCAACAACACGGUUGCUUUCAUGGCGUCUCUUGGAGCGACCCUGUUGCUUAUAAGUGGACUUCCUCUGAAGAACAAGGUCGUGAUGUGGGUGUUAUCUAUAGGGAUGUGUAUCACUCUCACAGCACUGGCACGGACCUACUUUAGUGCCUUCGUCAUGAUAACGCCGGACCAACUCUAUGCUUCAAUUGGUAGAAUAUUCAGCAUAGCCGAUUGGACUUGGCUGGGACUGUUUCUACUAGUUGCCGGAUACAUCUUAUUGGCGUUUCUCAUAUGGCUAGCCAAGAAAUGCAUCUGGAUAAUUAAGCAUAUUUGGAUGCUCAUGUGUGGGAGGAACAGAUCGUAUGGAAAUGGUUGCUGCUGUAUAUAA